UUUUUUUGGGAGGAAUGAAUGACACAUUGGAGAAGACGGCGUCUUCUUUAGCUGUUGUGGAGAAGAAACCUCACAGGCCAGGAGGAUGUGUCGGUAUUUUCUUUCAGCUUUUUGAUUGGAACCGUAGAUUCGCAAAGAAGAAGCUAUUUUCCAAGAAAUUGCUGCCACCAGUUCGUUUGAGACAAGCUUCAAAGAAAUUUGGUGGGGAUGAGAAGCAGCCGAAGCUUCGAUUGAUUGCUGAUGAAAAUAGUGGUGGUUUUCCGACUGCGAAGAAUAAUAAUGGGGCUACUAAUGAUGAUCAUGAGCAAAAGCAUGAAAUGCGUGUUCCUGGAUUGGUUGCCAGGCUCAUGGGUCUGGAGUCUAUGCCAGCAUUACAUCGAGAGAAGUCGAAGAAAGUUUCGGCUUCUGGUUUUGUUAGCGGGAAAGCGGAGAAAUUUGUCGACGACGAUGUGAGGGAAGAGGUGACGGUGGAGAAAGGAGGGGUUAAACAUGAAUUGAGGCCUCAAAAGCUUCAGAGGACAAGUGUUUCCGAAAGGCUGCCGAUAACUAGACUUGGUUCUGAGAAGCUGCCCUUUAAGAAUGUUCUAUCAAAAUCAAGAAAGCAUCAUCCCAAACUACCUUCUCCAGUGAAAAGUCCUAGACAUAUUCCAAGGAAGAAUUCAUCUAAACUGAUUGGUGCAGCAACUAGAAUCUUGGAACCUGGGUUGCAAACAAGUAGAUUGAAGUGUGCUCUCACUUACUCAAACACCUUGCGUCAUCCUCCACAUAACACUGUUGUGGAGGAAAGGACACACAUGUUAUCAAGCAAAUUGGAGGGUUCUGAUGGUUUGGCAAGUGUUGAUGCAAAGGGACAGCCAUGCAGAAAUUGUGGCUAUUUGCUGGAUAGACCUAGAGCCAGUGAACAACCAUUAGUGUUUGCCUCGCCCUCCUCCCAUUGUGUUGGAUCCUCCUGUCAAGGGUUGGAAAGAAGCAAGCCAGGAAAUUCUGCAUUUUACCAAGAGUUAGGAGAGGAAUUGCUUGAUAACUACCCGGCAGUUGCAGCUCCAGUUGUUGACAAUUUACAAUCUCAUGUUAAUUUUACAUCAUGUAAGACUCCUUUUAGUGGACAGAUUCAGCAGCAUGCCGGCAGCCAACAGUGCAAGCCUCCAACCAGCGUGCCUAUAUUUCUUAGUCCUAACCGCAAAACACAAAUCCAAAAUCAGAUGUUGCGGGCAAGGGAUAUAGUCCCUCCUCGAUCAAAGUUGAACAGUGCAACAAGUGGCAAAGUAUCAACAGCAACAGUGAUGAACGGGGCAAAAGAUUUUGUUUCAGCUAAUCAAAGCUUUAGUACCAGGUCGCGGUCCCCUGCCAGAAUGGACAAUGGUAAAUUUGAAUCAGAAAAGAGAAUUGCCAACAGACUGAAUGAGUCGGUGCCACCAGGACGAAAGAGGAGGCCGACUAACAUCUCUAAACAAGGUGAAACUUCUGUCUUCAUGAGCUCCACCAGUGAUAAACAAAGUUUUGGUUCUCCUCAUGCAAUGCCUGGGAGACAAUUGGGAGAUAACCUUCAUGUGAUUAACCGCCAGCGUAAUAGGAGUGGAUUGCUCCAUCUACAAAAAAGAACAGUUGACAGUGUUCAGAUGAACAAUAAUGUUGUUUCAUUCACAUUUAAUUCUCCAGUGAAGCAGAAGACUGGAAUCCGUGAGGUUGCAGAGAAAAGGGUUCCAAAUGAUUUACGUUGUCAUAACAGUUUACAGAAAUCACCAUCACAAGAAAACGGUAGAAGGGCAAGGUUUGAAAAACCAUUCCCUUUAAGUCAAGAUGCCUUGGGUCCACUUCUGGAACAAAAGUUGAAGGAAUUGACUUCCCAAGGGGAGGAUGUAGGAAGCAAUGCACCUAAAAAGACUACUGCUAUGAUUCUACAGGAGCUAAUAUCUGCCUUAACU